UCCUCAACACUUUUCAGUUAAAUAUUCAUUUCGUUCAUGCGCCAAGAAAUUAUGCUGGCGAUAUUUAUUACAAUUUUAUUCAUUUCUACUGUAAUAUCUCAGGAGAAUGGAACCAUCACAGAAAUUCCACAAGAAGUUCUGGAUAAUUCUACAGCUACAUCAAUUCCAGAAGAAAUAUUAACAUUCCUAUUAAUGGGUGAUACUCAAUUUCAUUUCCCAUGUGAACAAGACAAUGUGCAGUGUAAACAUGUUUCGAAAAAAAAUAGAGCCCGUUUCUUUUUGGACAAUGAACUUGAAUUCCUACCAGGGGUUGAAGUUAAUGAAACAGUGCGGCAGGGUAAGGAAUCAACUACCACGUUGGAGAGCAGGUUUGCAAAUCGUGUGCAGCGACAAGCUCUUGAUGCAUUAAUUGGGAGUAUGGACUACAAGCCGGCAGCAUUGAUUAUUAAUGGCGAUUUGACUGAUUUUGGGCAUCUUCAUCAGUUACACGAGUUUCGGAAAGUCUGGUACGACAAUUUUCCUAUUCCAUUACUGUUGGGAUUAGGGAAUCAUGAUUACGACAACAAUGUCAACGACUGUGUUCUUAACUUUUGUGCGCAUACAAUGCUCUCAUGGUAUACCGACUAUGUGAAAAACCAUUCGAUUGUUGCUGACAUUACGCGAAAGCCGGUAAACAUGGAUGUUGAGUACACUGGAAGUUUGGCUUACACUGAAAGAGUUUGCUCCAAAAACGGAAAAAUGUGUGCUUUUGUAAUUCAACUCAAUAACGCCAUUGACUACAAUGUGACAGUAUCUUCCCUGUUUGUCAACUGGAACUUGGUUCCACCGAUCGAAUAUCUUAGCAAGGAACUUAUAAUUCUUAGUAAUACAUCUCUCCCAAUCCUCGUCAACUUGCACCAAUGCUCAGGCACUCGUAGCGUGAAGGUCAAACGGAUGUUAAACAGUUGGAUGUUAAAUAUGAAGGCAACUUUUAAAUCCAAUCAAAAAGUGCCACGGCUUGGAGUCUUUUAUGCACAUGUGCAUGGUAGACACGAAGUUGUUUUGGAGUGCAUGGGAGGGUACAAAAUCCCAUUUGUGUACAUAGGGAGUGUACCAAAUAACAGGUUCUCUAAAUUGGAUAUAACUUCCCUAAACGCUACUAUUACUGGAUACAAAGCUCGUGACAGUUUGAUGCACAAUGGAGAAAUGCUGGAAAAGUUGGAGACUGUCAAGCUAUGGGGACCUUGCACCGGAACGGAAACUAUUCGAUUUGAAGAUCACGCAACUAGAAAACGACGAAAUUUCAUUCGCAGAGCUCGAAACCAGGCUCAUAAAUCUGACAAGUGAUUAUUAAAAAAAAACCUCUUUUCUUUUGCAAUUUAUUCAAUUUUUGAAAUUAAUAAAUGAACAAUUUGUU